CUGGAAUCCACACCCUCCAUCUGCAGACUGCUUAUCAAGUUGAGACAGCUACUUGUCUUUGUGUCUCUCCAGCUGCCAGUUUCUCCAAAUAUUGAACAGAAGCUGAACAUACAUUAAUCCAAGAGGGAUAUCCUGGGAGCAGUCAAGAGGACUUUUACAAGUUCACAAUCCAGAUGUCCUAAUGAAACAGUCUUGAGUGAUGGAGUCUCCAGAGCUUUCAAGGUUUUCGUCCUUGAGGGGAGAGUUGAAAUCAGAAGAUGCUAUCCAACCCCACUAUAAGGAGUCAUAUCGCCUGGCGAUUGAUAGCCUGGUUAAUGUCGGCAGAGACAGUUACCAAGAGUUUCUCAAGGGAGAACGUAUCGGCAGUUUCCUCUCAGAGGAGGAACUUCUCUUCAUCACUGAAAAUGCACAAAAGCUCCCACCUCAAAACAACCCAGAGGAAAUCGAUGGGCCACCCGACAACGAAUCAUCCUCAGGGACGUACUGGCCACUCCACUCGGAUGUGGAAACCCCUGAAUUGGAGAUGGGUUGGCCGGAGGUCAUGCAUGAAAUACUACAGACAAAUAUAGAUCUGCUCUUUCAUCCACCCAGACUAAACCACCCCUCCAUCAAAGAGGUGAUCCGGAAGCAUAUUCAGGAUGCAAGACAGGUCGUUGCCAUUGUGAUGGACAAGUUCACAGAUGUAGAUAUAUUCAAAGAAGUUGUCGAUGCCUCGAUACGAGGAGUCCCGGUUUAUUUGAUUUUGGAUGAUUUCCAUUUUAAAAGUUUCCUCAGAAUGGCUGAAAAUCAAGAUGUCAAACUUCAACAACUCCGAAACAUGAGGGUGCGCACUGUGAAAGGUCAAGAUUACGUCUGUCGAUCAGGAGCUAAAUUUCAUGGGGCAAUGGAGCAGAAGUUUCUUUUGGUCGACUGCCAGAAGGUGAUUUAUGGCUCAUACAGCUUCACAUGGUCAUUUGAGAAGGUGAAUCUGAGCAUGGUGCAGGUUAUCACAGGCCACCUGGCAAAGUCCUACGACGAGGAGUUUCGAACACUCUACGCCCGCUCAACCGUGCCAUCUGAACUCUGCAACGGGGAAAAUGGGAGGCCGAUUCUGUCAAAAUCUCAUUCCAUUCCGAAAAUUGAGCGGGGGGACCACUUGAGGCAUACGCUGGACACAGUCUAUCGGAAAACCUGUGAGAGAAAGCUAGGAGCCAGAGACCUCGAGGAGAGGCUCAUUGAAGAGGAACCAAACAAACCUAGGCACUCGGUGGAGAACGGGAUCACAUUUCAGUCCCAUAGGCCCCAAUUUCAGCCUACAGAGACAGUAGACUACAUGAAAAGGCACAGCUAUGCUGGUGAGAUACAAGAUGGAAAUGAUGGAUACAUACCGCAGAACAUGAGGCCCAGAGCGAGCAACUGGAAUAUCUCUAGAGAAACAGGAAAUGGAACCAACCGCUACCCCAUGGACAAUUACCUACAAACAACACAGAUGCAGAGAGGUCAAAAUAUGCGUCAGUCGUACAAUGGCAACGACAAACAGAUUCUGUCCUUGCAGCAGAACAUGCCAACACUAGAGAAUACAUCCAAGUCGUUCAUGCGCACAUGGAGGAUUGAUUCUUACCUCAAAAACUCUGAAGUCCCAUUCGGAGAUUCUUGUGACAAUUUAGACCAGUUUGAGCCACAGGACAAAGCUAACUCCUUCAUGCAGGGAAGGAUGAGAUCUUCCCUUGCUUUCAGGUCCACCAUACCAGAGCACACAGAGCAAAACAGAUACAUUAACAACUCCAUUGGUGUUAACUCAACAGCAACAAACAGUCCUUUGCACCACUCAUCAAUGCAGUGGAAUCAAACAGCUGCAGCUGGAAACAGAAUAAGUAAUGAAGAGUUCAUGUUAAAGAGGCAAGGUUCGCAGAUUUUGGAUGACAAUCGAAAUGAGGCAAUCUACAGUCCAGGUAGAACCUCUUACAACUCUGUAUACGCUAGCUUAGGCAGAACUAAAGGUGGAAACAUGAUCAGAAACCCAGACAUCAUGACAGACAGUUGGAACAAGAGGCACAGUGUGGCAGAUCCGAGAUCAAACACUGAGUACGCGCAUGAAUCCUCAGGUCACAUGUACGGAGCUUAUACAAGGACGCAAGUUAAUAGAAGCACCGCAGGGAUCAAUGUACAGAGUGGAGGAUAUGGGUCAAAUCUGAAAGAAGAUCAAAGAUCUGCUUCUCAUUACGAUGUCAAGAGUAUCAUCGGCAGAAACAACCCUGGUACUCCCACUUGGCAGGAGCCCCCAUCAAGGACUCUGUCAGCAGCAGCUCUGGGUGGGAAUAGCAAGGAUUUAACAGCAACAUCCAACAGCAUGAGUUCCCAGCAACUUCUAAAGAAAGGUUCCAAUAAAAUAAAAUCUGCACUCAACAUACAAGGGAAAAAAGAAGAUUCUAUUGGAAUGUUAGAAACACAGAGUCUGAAUUCAGGCGGCAGCACAGACACCAUAACGGCUGAGGACGAGGACAGGGUAUCACAUGGAGGAGGAAAACUUCCCCAAAGCACAACCAGCUCUGUCAGGUCCUACUCGGAGCGCCAGAGGACGCGAAUAGAGGACGACCAUAAGACAUCUUCGAAACCUCGAUUCAGAACUGAGGAGCAUCAAAGUAUUCUCGCUCAACCAAGCACACACAAGAAACCGAGCAUUUUUGAGAAACGCGUGAAGCCCGGCCUUGAUUCAGGAAGCUUGAGCAAAGACCGAGGCCCAGAGUCUCGUCUGUACAGCAGAUUUGAGCCUUUGUACUCAUCUGAAAAGAAACAAUCCAUGCACACUACUCUGGGAUUUGGAAACCCUAAGGACAAAGCCAAAGGCCUUCCCAAAGGUGACACAGCUAUUGAACACCACCUCACCAGGGCUGCACGAGGGCACAGUGAAAAUAAGUUUGAGAAGUUCUUUCAUAGAGUGGGUAAUCUCAUACAUAAGAAAUAGUAACGUGUUUACACAGGUCACUUAUUACCAAUGCACAUUUGAUGUACAAUCUUUUUAUUCUUAGCGUUGGUCUUUCUUUUUGUGUUUACUCUGGAAAAUGUUUUUAGAAAACACUGUUUACAUGUUGACCUCCGUGUAUGGUAUUUUGGAGAUAUGCACUGAUAAAUACUAUUGUAAGGAAAAUAUGUUUUGGAUGAAUACAGACCUUUAUAUUAUAAAAUAUUUAAAGCUGUCUCUAAGUUUGUCCUCCACUGGUGUAGCUCAUCUAUGUGUGUGCACAUUACAUAUUGCUGGUGUUACUGUAUAUUCAGAGGGUUAUAUGUGUUAUGAAUACCAAUAGCAUACAAACUACCCACCACUUCACACGAUGAAAAUACCAAGCUCAGAUAGAGCUUUUUUUAAUGCUGUGGGGUUUGCAUAUUUCUAACACCAGAGGCUAUCCUCUGCAAAAGACGUCAUGCACCUAAGGUUUGUGUUAUUAUUAAUCUUAAGGCAAAACAAAAUGUGCUCUACAGGCACAAUGAAAAAAUGCAAUACACAUUCUCAAUAGCCUCUCAGGGAUGACUAAAGUAUUUCCUCUUUCAUUUCCUCAAGGUGACAGAUUUAAGCACAGAGAAACAUGGCCUUCAGCGUAAAACACAUGCAUACACACAAGGGAUUCAUCUCUUUCAUUCAUAAAUAUUUCGUCUCCACAGUAAAUGACUUAGCAUUACAACUGAGUAUUUAGCUGUAUUUUAACUGAAACUUAAUAUAGCUUGCCACCAGCCAGUUUCCAAUUGGUUCCUUGUGUUUUCCCGCAGCUAUAUUUUUUGGGCUUUAUUGGAUUAAAACAAAAAAAAACAUGAA